AGGGAGGAGGUACGGUCGAAGCCAAGACCGAGGCUGCCCGGAGGUGACCAGGCUUGACUCGAGCCCAGAACUAGGCUCCAGUCCGGCGCGGACCGUAGUGGAUGGAGUAGGCCAAGCUCUGAGAUCAACACCAGACUGGUCGGCCUGUCCUGGGGUCGGCAGGGCAGGCAGGUGUGCCGAAGCCGCCCAGGGCCUUCCUUCAGGUCCCCGGCGAGGGGCCUAGGCCCCGGCCCCGCGACCAGGCCCGGCUCAGCCCUUUGGGACCAGAGCCGACCCGGCCGGAAGUGGAGCCUUCACCGGGGCCAUAGGCCAGUGACUAGGCCGGGCCCGGGCCUCCCGUCGGGGCCGGACUGGGACGAGGCCCCGGGGAGGCCCCUACCCCUCUAGACCCUUCCCUCAGGCCGACACCCGCCAGGAAGAUGCAGCGCGCCCUGCCGGGCGCCCGCCAGCACUUGGGGGCCAUCCUGGCCAGCGCCAGCGUGGUAGUGAAGGCCCUGUGCGUGGCGGUACUAUUCCUCUAUUUGCUGUCUUUCGCCGUGGACACGGACUGCCUGGCGGUCACCCCAGGCUACCUCUUUCCGCCCAACUUCUGGAUCUGGACCCUGGCCACCCAUGGGCUGAUGGAACAGCACGUGUGGGAUGUGGCCAUCAGCCUGGCCACAGUCGUGGUGGCUGGACGUUUACUGGAGCCCCUCUGGGGGGCCUUAGAGCUGCUCAUCUUUUUCUCAGUGGUGAACGUGUGUGUGGGCUUAUUGGGGGCAUUUGCCUACCUCCUCACCUACAUGGCUUCCUUCAAUUUGGACUACCUUUUCACUAUCCGCAUCCACGGCGCCUUGGGCUUCCUAGGUGGUGUCCUGGUGGCACUCAAGCAAACCAUGGGGGACUGUGUGGUCCUGCGAGUGCCCCAGGUGCGUGUCAGCGUGGUGCCCAUGCUGCUUUUGGGGCUGCUGUUGCUGCUGCGGCUAGCCAUGCUGCUCCAGAGCCCGGCUCUGGCCUCCUAUGGCUUUGGGCUGCUCUCCAGCUGGGUGUAUCUUCGCUUCUACCAGCGCCAUAGCCGAGGCCGAGGGGAUAUGGCCGACCACUUUGCUUUCGCCACCUUCUUCCCUGAGAUCCUGCAGCCUCUGGUGGGGCUGUUGGCGAACUUGGUGCACAGCCUCCUGGUGAAGGUAAAGAUAUGCCACAAGACAGUGAAGCGCUAUGAUGUGGGUGCCCCAUCCUCCAUCACCAUCAGCCUCCCAGGCACAGACCCUCAAGAUGCAGAGCGGAGAAGGCAACUGGCCCUGAAGGCCCUCAAUGAGCGGCUGAAGAGAGUAGAGGACCAGUUCGUCUGGCCAAGCAUGGAUGACGAUGAAGAGGAGGCUGGGGCCAAGGUGGACAGCCCCCUGCCCUCAGACAAGGCCCCCACACUCCCAGGGAAGGGGGCUGCCCCAGAAUCCAGCCUGAUCACCUUUGAGGCCGCUCCCCCAAAGCUGUAAUUCCAGAUCACCUUGAGUGUAGCACCUUCUCUCCUAAGCCCUCCUUGACACCCUCUCAGCUACUCCAGGGCACUGACUGCUCUGAGGGGAGGAAAGAAGGCCUGCUAGGGUUUCCACAGCCUUCUGCUGUUUCUCGCCAACACUACCCAAGACUCUUGCUACAUGGUUCCAACUCCAGACAACCACUGUGCCAGGCAUGGGGCCUCUGAGGCAUCUGCCAGCCUAGGCCAUCUGAGGUAAAACUACCUCAGCAGGCAGCCCCAAGCAAGUGGCUGCAGGGACACUGGUGCCACAGCUCCUGGGCCAGCCCUCAUGCCUGAAAUUGGUUGCCGAGAGCCCUGACCCAAGGCAAGGAUUUGCCAAAAACAUUCUGGGGGUCCAGCCAGUGCAGGGCUGCAGUUCCCGGCCCACCCCCAGAAAGACUAUGUUCACGUCAAGAUUCCUGAUUCCCUCUGCUGUGGCCAUGGCUGCUUCUGGGCCAGAACAGCCACAGCUCCCAGGUGUUUUCUACAGGACCACUUGAGUGGGCAGCCGAGCCCAGGCUCACAGUAUCAAUAAAGCAGUUCUUUGAGGUCUGGC